GGAAGAAAUUUGUAUACGUUGAGCCAUCUAGAAGAGUUAAAGAAAUACUUGAAGAAGAGCUUUAUUUUAGGAAAGAAGCAUUCCAUGUUAAACACCCAGCUACAGUGGCUCUGGAAGGAAUUUGGAAUGUGGCAAAGAAUUUCUCCACUGGAAGCCUGAAACCAGCGUCACAGAACAGAAACGUUUUACUUUUACACCCUCGGUUCUACUCAAGGCAUGCAGGAAUGAAAA